CCUCGCAGGGGCAUUUCGGUCCUUUUCCUAUUUUGCUCUCCUCCUUUUCUCCUUCCGAUCUCCUUCCCAAGCAAACACCGAAACCAUGGUAAAAGCAUACACUCAGGAGCAUGUCUACAAGCACCCCUGGGAGCGGGUAACCUCCGCAUCGUGGCGCAAGUUCACCGAUCCAGCUAACGUGCGCACCCUCUCCCACAUCCUCGAGGUCGACACCCUGAACCGCCGGCUCGAUCCGCAGACCGGCCGGCUCUACACCACCCGCUCCAUCACGGUCCACGCCCCUGGCCCGUGGUUCGUCCGCAAGAUCGUGGGCGAGGACAUCUGCCACUGCGUCGAGUCGUCCGUCGUCGAUGCCCGGGCCCGGUCGAUGGAGAUCACGACCCGCAAUGUCAGCCUCCGGAACUUCCUGGAGGUGGAGGAGAAGUCUUGGUAUGGACCCCACCCGGAGAACCCGGGCGAAUGGACGGCGUUCCGGCAGCAGACGAGCAUCCGGUGCAAGCCGCUGUCGGCGCUAGCGUCAAUGGCAGAGAAAGUGGAGCAGCGCUGCGCGGAGAGGUUUCUGCAGAACAGCAUCAAAGGGAGGGAGGUCAUGGAGAGGAUCUGUAAGUAUCUAGAGGCCGAAUCCGGCGGAAUCUCGAUCUAGGGUUCUUGAAUUAGGGCUUCCAUAAGAUCUGUUAUAUCUUUCUUCUUCUAUUGUUAGAUUUUCUUUUUUAUGUUUGCUUGAAAUGAUCGGAAUUGAUCAUUAGAAAAUCGAUAGAAUUGAAGAGAGAGGGAAACAGUACACAAUUUUGAUAUGAUAAUAAAUACCAUUUGACUCUGUGUUGUGGAUUUU